CGCUGUCGCGAGGCGGGAGCGACGGGUGGAGUUAACGACGAAAGCUGCGCGCGCAGCCAUGACCCCUCACAGCCACCUAUCGGAGGGAGGGGCGGGACAGCUUUAGCUUGGUGCGUGCGCAGCCGGACGUGAGGCAGUUGGUGGUCUCCAUCGUCGAUUUCUGGUUACCUGAAAAGCAGCCGUUUAACCCCAAUCCUGGACCCUUCAGAGUUUAAGCCCACCCCGCUCCGGGUGCCCCGGACCUUAGGGUUCAGGAGGGGUGAGUCAGAAUUCAGCCGAAUUUACCAUGGGGGCUACCGAUCGCCGGACAGGAUCAGCUCUCAGACUGGAACAAUUUUGAGGAGCCGGUUCUCUACCAGGGUUCUGAGGAUCAAACUUAAGGUUGUCAGGAUUACAAGCAACGACCAUUCCCCAUGAUUGAUGAGGGUGAGGAAGUCACCGAGGAGACCUUGAAUUCUGACAUUCAGAAACUGAAGGAGAAGCAGGACAUGCUGGACAAGGAGAUCUCCCAGUUAAUAGCCGAGGGCUAUCGUGUGAUUGAGCUGGAGCAGCACAUCUCCCUCCUCCAUGAGUACAAUGACAUCAAGGAUGUGUCGCAGAUGCUGCUGGGCAAACUGGCUGUGACUCGAGGUGUUACCACCAAGGAGUUAUAUCCGGAUUUUGAUCUAAACCCAAAUGACUGAGCAGCUUCUCGGAGAUCUUCAUCUGCAGUCCACAGGGACAGGAGGAUGAAGGCAUAGAGGCAGAGAGCCCAGACAGUAUGUUCAUAUGAUUUCCAGAUUUAAAAAAUGCUAAAAGCCCUCCAGAGUUUGGAGUGGGUCCUAGAGAAGAGGGGUCUUGGGAGGGGUGGGUAUUGUCAGUGCUAGGAUUUCUAAACAUUUUGUGAGUGGAUGUGUGGUUGUCCCUUUUGUUAAUAAAUCUAUGAGCAAUC